AUGCAGCCAUCUGAAAUGGUCAUGAACCCCAAACAGGUCUUCCUCUCCGUGCUGAUAUUUGGAGUAGCGGGGCUACUCCUCUUCAUGUAUCUUCAAGUCUGGAUUGAAGAACGACAUACAGGGAGCAUAGAGAAGACAAGAGAAAGAAAAGCAACUUCAGGAUGGGGGCCUGUGAGUUAUCUGCAACCUGUACCAAGAAUCAUGACUACAGAAAAAACCCAAGAACAUACCACCAAGCAGCAGAAAACCGAGUUCCACAUGCCUGAGAAUCUGAAGGAGAAAAAGGAAAAGCUACUCAAUUCUGAAAGGUUUGCUAGGGUCUUAACAAAGACCAGUCACUCACAGGGAGGAGAUCAAACUUUGAAUAAAAUCAUGGAGUCACCAACAAAUAAGUUGAUUGAAAAACAUCAAGGAACUAAGACUCUUUUCAAGAAGUUCAGUGAGCUGAAUUGGCCCUUGGAUAUCCGCCCUUUAAAUAAAAGUUUAGUCAAAGAUGACAAAUGGAAGAAAACUGGUGUGACCCAAGAAAAACGCAGGUCUUUCCUACAGGAAUUUUGCAAGAAAUAUGGUGGAGUGAGUCAUCCUCAAUCACAUGUUUUUCAUAUGGUAUCCAGGAUCUAUGUAGAAGACAAACACAAGAUCUUGUACUGUGAAGUACCAAAAGCUGGAUGUUCCAACUGGAAAAGAAUUAUGAUGGUCCUAAAUGGAUUGGCCUCUUCUGCAUACAACAUCUCCCAUGAUGCUGUUCACUAUGGGAAGCACUUGAAAAAGCUAGAUAGUUUUGACUUAAAAGGGAUAUACACUCGCCUAAAUACCUACACCAAAGCUGUUUUUGUUCGUGAUCCCAUGGAAAGAUUAGUGUCAGCGUUUAGGGACAAAUUUGAACAUCCCAAUAGUUAUUACCAUCCAGUAUUCGGAAAGGCAAUUAUAAAAAAAUACCGACCAAAUGUUUGUGAAGAAGCAUUAAUUAAUGGCUCUGGAGUCAAAUUCAUAGAGUUCAUCCACUAUUUACUGGAUUCCCACCGUCCAGUGGGAAUGGACAUUCACUGGGAAAAGGUCAGCAAACUCUGUUAUCCAUGUUUGAUCAAGUAUGAUUUUGUAGGAAAAUUUGAAACUUUGGAAGAAGAUGCCAAUUAUUUUUUGCAAUUGAUUGGUGCUCCAAAAGAUCUGAAAUUUCCAAACUUUAAAGAUAGGCACUCUUCUGAUGAAAGAACCAAUGCUCAAGUUGUGAGACAAUAUUUAAAGGAUCUAACCAGAACUGAGAGACAGUUAAUCCAUGACUUUUAUUACUUGGACUAUUUGAUGUUUAAUUAUACAACUCCAUUUUUAUAG